CAAAGUUUUGUGAUCGUUUUGUGUGCGUACAAGCGGAGGAACGAGGUAAUUUUGCAACAAAACGUCGUAAUUUAGUGAAUUUUGUUGAAUUACUUGAAAUAUUGGAAGAUUCCCGCUUGUUUCGCCAUGAGCAGUGAAAACAGUGAAGAUGGGCAAGUGAUGAGCCCGUUUGAUAUGAGUCCCGUCGAGGAGGAAACUACGGAUUCCUUGGAUAUCAAACCCCCGCAGGCGUCGUCGGCCGGUUACUACUCGAAGCGAAAGGAGAAGAAAUCUAAACAUUCCAAGGAGCAUCAGCGCCAUGCAAGCGCAUCCGGCGGAAGAGAGCACUAUUCCGAUUCGCGUCGGGAUGGAUACAGGGGCGGCCACCGUGAGCGAGAACGCGAACGGGAUCGCUACCACAAGGAAGUCAGAAUGGAGCGGCCAAGAGAGCGAGGUCAUGAGAAGGACCGGUACCAUUCGUCGUCUUCUGUGGGACACCAUUCGAGGGAGAGCCGGUACGAGAUGAAUCCGUUUUACGGUGAAUUGCGGGAAACGUACCAGAGCAAAAAGGAACGGGAUCGAGAGUAUUACGAAAAGGAGCGAGAUAAACGGAAGGAGGUUGAAAAGCAAGAUCCGGAUAAAUUACUGGAGGAUUUGAGAAUGAGACUGCUGAAUAAGAAAAGCAAGUAUGACUCGAGCAAGCAACAGGAUGAUCCUGCUCAGCACGAAGGCGAGGGCAGAAAAGAGAAAAGUCACCGUUAUCAUCGCCACAGGGAGUCACGUAAGGAACGCUCCGAACCGGAAUUGGUUGAAAUUAUGGAAAGUCCGGAAUUUGAAGACGCCUCUAAAAACGUGGCGCCGGAAGUGAAAGAUAAGGAGCACGAUGAAAGGCGAGCCAAACUUCUGGAGGCCGAACGACAAAUGGCUCGCCGCAAGGAAGCGGCCAGAGAUGAACUUGAAUCUAGACGUCUAAUGAGACGAGAACGUAAGGUUUCUGACUCUCCGGAAGAAACAAAGACAAAGAAGCAACUGCUUUUGGAAGCCGAAGAUGAAGAUAUGGAGAGCGCUGACGAGGAGAAAAAGAAAAGCGCAAAGAAAAAGAAGAGGAAAUCCAAGAAGCAUGCUGACUCAGAUCGGUCGGACAGGGUGAUGCGUUCCGAUGACGAGGAGGAUGACACUAACUCUGAUACUUCAUCAUCAAGCAGUGAUAGCGAUGAUUCCCGUGAUGCUUCCGACGACGAGGAGAAGCCACCAGACAGCCCUUUGUCGGUGGGCGAUUUAGCUAAAUCGGAUAGAAGACAUCGAAGCGACUCACGCUCACGGUCCGGAUCAAGGUACCGUUCGAGAUCACGAUCAACACGCUCUCGAUCCGCAUCCGGCUCGAGCAGAAGUCGAUCUCGUAGUCCCCGAAGGCGUCACGAAAGCAGUCGAAGCAUUUCACCUCGAUCCGAUCGCGAAAAUGAUGUCAAGCGUUCGAAAUCGAAAGAGAAGGAAGAACCCAAAUCGCCACCGAUGGAGGUGGAACAAGAAGAACAGCUUCCGCCAUACUUCCCGGGAAUUCAAGGUUGCCGAUCGGUGGAGGAGUUCCAAUGUUUGAAUCGAAUCGAAGAAGGCACAUACGGGGUUGUUUAUCGCGCCAAGGAUAAACGAACGGAAGAGAUCGUUGCGUUGAAGCGACUCAAGAUGGAAAAGGAGAAGGAAGGCUUUCCGAUUACUUCUUUGAGAGAGAUCAAUACCCUGCUUAAAGGACAGCAUCCGAACAUAGUGACUGUUCGGGAAAUCGUUGUCGGAAGUAACAUGGAUAAAAUCUUCAUUGUGAUGGACUACGUCGAACAUGAUUUAAAAUCUCUGAUGGAAACUAUGAAGCACAAGAAGCAAGUAUUCCUACCAGGCGAGGUAAAGUGUCUAACUCAGCAGCUGCUCCGGGCCGUGGCCCAUCUACACGACAAUUGGAUAUUGCACCGUGAUUUGAAAACGUCCAAUCUUCUACUUUCCCACAAAGGAAUCCUAAAAGUCGGAGAUUUUGGUCUGGCCCGAGAGUAUGGAUCCCCCCUUAAAGCGUACACAUCCAUUGUGGUAACCCUAUGGUAUCGUGCUCCGGAACUGCUCCUUUGCUGUAAGGAGUAUUCCACUCCGAUCGACAUCUGGUCCGUUGGGUGCAUUUUUGCCGAAUUCCUCGCAAUGACUGCUCUCUUCCCCGGCAAAUCCGAAGUCGAUCAACUCAAUCGCAUUUUCAAGGAGCUUGGCACCCCGAACGAAAAAAUCUGGCCAGGGUACAAUCAACUCCCGGCCGUUCAGAAGAUGACGUUCACCGAGUAUCCCGUUUCCAACCUGCGCAAACGCUUCGCACAUCAAACCAGCGAGCUGGGUAUCUCGCUGCUCCAGGGCCUGCUUACCUUCGAUCCCAAGCAACGGUUGACGGCUGAGGCAGGGCUCAAGCACAGCUACUUCAAGGAACUACCGCUUCCCAUCGAUCCGGCUAUGUUCCCAACCUGGCCGGCGAAGAGCGAGUUGGGGUUGAAAAAGGCCCUGGCUUCCAGUCCGAAACCGCCGAGCGGCGGAGGCGAAUUCAAGAAACUGGGCGACGAUCCAGUGGCAGAUAAUCCCGGUUUUCAUCUGGGCGCAACCUACGCGGAAUCCCGACAGAUGGCGAUGGGUCCGGGCUUUAGCUUGAAAUUCUGAUAAAUGUGGUUACUUUCAGUUCUUCUUCAGGCUGAAUGAUCUGGCACUUUCACCCACAUACUAUACCUUUACCUAUACUUAUCAAUAAAAUGUAAGUUAUUUUAGUUCAUU